AUGACAUCCAUUAUUUUAUUCCUAGCAAUGUUUUAUCCACAAUUGAGAGCAUUAAGAAUGAGCGAUUAUCCGUGGACUUAUGAUAAUGACCUUUUUGGAGGACCUGAUUUUUGGGGUUUACUGAGCAAAAAAUGGAAGAUGUGUGCGAAAGGAAAAAUGCAAUCGCCAAUAAACAUUAAACCGGCAUCAAUUUUAUUCGAUCCACGAUUAAAUGAUAUUAAAAUAGAUCAAAUAUCGACAACAGCUGAAAUGAUGAACAUAGGUCAAAUGCCACGAUUACGAAUACUUCACGAUACUCAUUCUUCUGCGGUAAACAUUACCGGUGGACCGUUACGUCCUUAUAAAUAUCGCUUACAAAGGAUCGAUUUUCAUUAUUCAAACAAUGAGAUGACAGGUUCGGAGCAUGCUAUCAAUUCAAGAAACUUCCCAAUGGAGAUUCAAUUGAUAACAUAUAACACUGAUUUGUAUGCUAAUUUUACGACAGCUUUAACGUUGCCACGUGGAAUCGCCGCCAUUUCAAUUAUCGUUUUGGUCGAUGAACAUACCAAUGAUGAGCUAUUGAAAAUCACCGAUUCCAUUGAAAAAGUACCAUUCAGAAAGAAGCGAUUUACACUACAGGAAUUGAAAAUAUGGAAAUUAUUUCCAAUUUUAAGAGAUUAUGUAACAUAUGAAGGAUCGAUGACAUCACCAGGAUGUUAUGAAACAGUCACUUGGAUUAUACUUAAUCAUCCAAUUCAUAUCACUUUGACAAAUUUAAAUAAAUGGCGAAAACUACAACGAACCGUUACAGAGGAAAAAGAACCCCAAUAUGUGGCACCCAAUUUUAGGCCAUUGCAACAUUCCUAUGGGCGAUUAAUUCGAACUAAUAUUAUCAGCAGAAAUGCCAGUAUGGAAUGUAAGCGUCAUAUUUCGGUUUCACGAUAUCGCUCAAAUUUGGGACGAACUUGA